AGUGAAGCUGAGCCUGGCCUCGCAAGCUCCAAGAGGACCACCUCCUGAGACAGUUCUUUCUCCCCUGUUCUUUCUCCAAGCUCCCCUCCUGCCCUUCCUUCCUGCCCAGUACAAUGCAUUUUUGACUGGACGCGUCUGGACUCCAAACAGCCCCACAGAGCCGGAGCAAGCCACAGAGAGAGGACUGGAGCCAAGACACUCUGGUGGGGAGCUUGGAUGCCUGGCUCUCUUUGAGGACAUCUCUGGAGCAAGGGUGGCUUUGGGGUUGGGGGUUGCACUGCAGGGAAUCCAGCCAGGCCCCAAGAUGGACACUUCUGGGCACUUCCAUGACUCAGGGGUGGGGGACCUGGAUGAAGACCCCAAGUGUCCCUGUCCAUCCUCCGGGGAUGAGCAGCAACAGCAGCAGCAGCAACCGCCACCACCACUGCCAGCACCACCAGCAGCCCCCCAGCAGCCCCCAGGACCCCCGUUGCAGCCUCAGCAGCAGCAGCAACCGCAGCAGCAGCAGCAGCAGCCUCAGCAGCAGCAGCAGCAGCAGCAGCAGCCACCGCAUCCCUUGUCUCAGCUCACCCAACUCCAGAGCCAGCCCGUCCACCCUGGCCUGCUGCACUCCUCUCCCACUGCUUUCAGGGCCCCCCCUUUGUCCAACUCCACCGCCAUCCUCCACCCUUCCUCCAGGCAAGGCAGCCAGCUCAAUCUCAAUGACCACUUGCUUGGCCACUCUCCAAGUUCCACAGCCACAAGUGGGCCUGGUGGAGGCGGCCGGCACAGGCAGGCCAGCCCCCUGGUGCACCGGCGGGACAGCAACCCCUUCACAGAGAUUGCCAUGAGCUCCUGCAAGUACAGUGGUGGGGUCAUGAAGCCCCUCAGCCGCCUCAGCGCCUCCCGGAGGAACCUCAUCGAGGCUGAGCCCGAGGGCCAACCCCUCCAGCUCUUCAGCCCUAGCAACCCCCCGGAGAUCGUCAUCUCCUCCCGGGAGGACAACCAUGCCCACCAGACUCUGCUCCAUCACCCCAAUGCCACCCACAACCACCAGCACGCCGGCACCACCCCCAGCAGCACCACCUUCCCCAAAGCCAACAAGCGGAAAAACCAAAACAUUGGCUAUAAGCUGGGACACAGGAGGGCCCUGUUUGAAAAGAGAAAGCGACUGAGUGACUAUGCUCUGAUUUUUGGGAUGUUUGGAAUUGUUGUUAUGGUGAUAGAGACCGAGCUCUCUUGGGGUUUGUACUCAAAGGAUUCCAUGUUUUCGUUGGCCCUGAAAUGCCUUAUCAGUCUGUCCACCAUCAUCCUCUUGGGCUUGAUCAUCGCCUAUCACACACGUGAAGUCCAGCUCUUCGUGAUUGACAAUGGUGCGGAUGACUGGCGGAUAGCCAUGACCUAUGAGCGCAUCCUCUACAUCAGCCUGGAGAUGUUGGUGUGCGCCAUCCACCCCAUCCCCGGCGAGUACAAGUUCUUUUGGACGGCGCGCCUGGCCUUUUCCUACACACCCUCUCGGGCAGAGGCCGACGUGGACAUCAUCCUGUCCAUCCCCAUGUUCCUGCGUCUGUACCUGAUCGCACGCGUCAUGCUGCUGCACAGCAAGCUCUUCACGGACGCCUCGUCCCGCAGCAUCGGGGCCCUCAACAAGAUCAACUUCAACACCCGCUUCGUCAUGAAGACCCUCAUGACCAUCUGCCCCGGCACGGUGCUGCUGGUGUUCAGCAUCUCACUGUGGAUCAUCGCCGCCUGGACCGUCCGCGUCUGCGAAAGGUACCAUGACCAGCAGGAUGUAACCAGUAACUUUCUGGGUGCCAUGUGGCUCAUCUCCAUCACAUUCCUUUCCAUUGGUUACGGGGACAUGGUGCCCCACACGUACUGUGGGAAAGGUGUCUGUCUUCUCACCGGCAUCAUGGGUGCGGGCUGCACUGCCCUCGUGGUGGCCGUGGUGGCCCGGAAGCUGGAGCUCACCAAAGCGGAGAAGCACGUUCACAACUUCAUGAUGGACACUCAGCUCACCAAACGGAUCAAGAAUGCUGCAGCCAACGUCCUUCGGGAGACGUGGCUCAUCUACAAGCACACGAAGCUGCUCAAGAAGAUCGACCACGCCAAGGUCAGGAAGCACCAGAGGAAGUUCCUCCAGGCUAUCCACCAACUGAGGAGUGUCAAGAUGGAGCAGAGGAAGCUGAGUGACCAAGCCAACACCCUGGUGGACCUUUCCAAGAUGCAGAAUGUCAUGUAUGACUUAAUCACAGAGCUCAAUGAUCGGAGCGAAGACCUGGAGAAGCAGAUUGGGAGCCUGGAGUCCAAGCUGGAGCAUCUCACCACCAGCUUCAAUUCUCUGCCCCUGCUCAUCGCGGACACACUGCGCCAACAGCAGCAGCAGCUGCUGUCUGCCAUCAUCGAGGCCCGGGGUGUCAGCGUGGCGGUGGGCGCCACUCACACCCCGCUCUCCGACAGCCCGAUCGGGGUGCCUCUACUUGGGAGCAGGAAGCUGAGAUGACAGGAAGCGACGCCCCUGGCAGGGCCCUUGCUGCAGAGUUGGUGGAGAACAGAAAUCCACGCUCAAUCUCAGGUGUUCGCCCGGGGGGCGGGGGUCAGACGCACUGACAUGGCCGGCAGUGAACCACCCGAAGAGGGGCCCGCUUCGGCAGGGGCGCGUCAGGCGUGGGGAAUGGGCUCCUUGCCACUGGGGUCCUCCGCACACCUCUCUCUUUUUCUUUUGUUUGAGGAAACUGCUGGAUGACAAAAGGAAAAGAGGGCUGCCCACAUGUUGCCCAAACAGGCAUUCUUUCUUUCCAUAUCUUAUACAAUCGUAAAGCCCAAUUUAGACAGAAAAAUGAAAAGCCAGAUUUUCCAUCCAAUAUCAAAACCCACAUAAACCCGUGUGUUUGCGAGUGUGCGCACACACACAUACAUCCCACACUCAACCCAGGUCUACUCUUGUUUGAACUUGACCCAAAUGAAAAGGGACCUGGCACCUUGCCUUGCACACGGUAGGAGUAGUUUGGGUCAGGGCACUCCCUAACUGUGUGCUGAGCUGUUUGAGUCUGACUGUGGGUGCUCUCAGUGCAGGCUGCAUGCCGGUGUUGGCCAGGUUCUGAGCUUCACAGGAAACGCGGGUCCUUCAAACACAACACAGGUUGCUCCAUCCUGGGUGUGCACCAUGUUUGCUUGGUUUGAGAUGAUGCCGUUGGCAUUCUGGACAGACAAGCGGCCUUCUAAAAAUGGCAGCUUUGCAGAGCUUUCUUCUUAUAUCCCAACAAGUCAUGUUCCUGUGGAGCACACGACCAGGUGUGUGCGUGUGAGGGAUGGGGACAGGACCUGCGCAUACGUGUGCCUCCACAUGCACUGACAAGUGCAACCCAGUCACACCCGAGUGCUGUCUGGGGGUUUGCUCAGCUCGGUUUACCCAGCAACAGGUUCCCAAAUCCAGAUGUUAGGGCUACAGGGCGGUCGGUGCCUCCUGGGGUCCCUUCUACCUGACCUGAAACCACCUCCGAAUGAAAGGCUCUGAGAAUUAAGGGAGCCCCUAGGGACUUGGGGGUCAAGCAGGUUGACACAGAUGCAUGGAUUUGUCAGUAGCCUGUCCCUGCUGUGCCGUGUUAACCUUGGUGCAAAACUCUCCUAACAUCUCUCAAACUCCAAGAGACUCCAGAAACAUCAAGAUCCAGUGUAGGGACAGGCCUUGCGAAGAGUGGCCUGUGGAGGCACAGUCAUUUCAUUGCUCCCAGACCUGCCCACACAUCACACGUGUGGUGUGAAAGCCACCGUGCUAUUCGUUGCUUUCUCAUUCGGAGGUCUUUGACUUCCAUUUGCGGGGAGUUAAGUGGUACUGCACGGAGCUUUCAUCUGUUUGGGGCAAAACGAGACUGCUGUGUGUGUGUGGUUCCCUGCCGGGUCCCCCUCUGUGCGGGGACGUCGUCACCCUUCCAAAGGCCGUGUGGGCUGCGCAGGCUCCUCUUCAGCAGGCUGGGCCUGGUCUUCAAAGAACAGGAUCAGUUGAAGGUAGAUGACCCUGGGACUAAUGCCACUCUUUCAAAAAGAUCUGGGCUCUUGCUAAACUUCUUUUAUCUAUUUUAUUGCUGUUGCCGUUCAUUUAAUGGUCUCAUGUUUAUUAUGACAGUCCCUUUGAACAUUUUCAUUGGUUGUUUUGAAUACCACAGAUGCCACACUUGCUGUUGGCUUUUUUUUACUUGUUCUUUUAACUAUUGACUACCUGAAAGAUCCCUCUCUUUUAUGUCCCAAGGAUGGCGCCCCUGUUUUCAGUGACAGCUCAGCUGAUCAGAUCAGCAGAUGUGUAAACAGAUGAAAUAACCAUGCGUUUCUUUGUGGCAUCAGUUUCAUUUCACAAGGUGAAGGCCACUGACAGGUCAGGCUGGGAGUGCCAGUUCUGGUCAUUUAAGCUACAGACCCCCACUUUCAGUUUCCGUUUGUACUUUCCAGUGAGCCGCAGCCCUGCGGUGUGUGCGCGCACGUGCACAUGCACACGCACACGCACACACAUGGCACUUCCGUCCCAUUUCCAAUGAAUGCUGCGCAAGACCACACCGCCACUCCCCUACCCAAAAGUGUGCGCAGACCGUCACUGACCCACCCCCAUCUGUGGAUGAUUCUUUGAUCCAUCAUGAAUGUUGUGCACUUAGUUAAACCCCCAAAGACCAAGCUAGCGACACUAAUAAAGGGCAUGGCUGGAUUCAUUUCCAGUACCGGUAGCCACUGAUGUCCUAGAAACACAUGGACAUUUGGGGCAUGAGUUGACCUAUUGGUAGUGCAAUAGCUAUGUAUUGUUGGCAAAAGAAUACUUACUCUUUCCCAAAAACGUGGUCAAAUUUGCAUGUUGAUCCUACAAUGGUAAAUGGAAGGCUGCUUCUCUGCACCAGUAAUUCAACUUUAUGUGGGAAGUUACCCAUUCUCCUGCAAGUACAAUCAACCCUUGAUGACUUAGCUAUCAGUUACCCAGGGUGUAGCUCACCCAGCCAUUCCUCCCACAGCCAAUCUUUUGGCUGAUCCCACCGGGCCUCAGCAUCGCAGUCAGAUGGACAGAGGGGACAGGUGGAUCUCAUACCAGGCCUUCUUGUUCCUCAUUUUCACGUUUGACAAUGGAGGAGGUUUCAUUAUCUACUGAAGAAGUGGCCAUCUGUAAAAACUGUGAGUUACGAUAACCUCACUCCAAUAUGGAACUGGUUGAGUUCUGCCUGCUCCUGGAAAGCUGACCCAGUGGCAGAGCCCCUACUCCAACCUCUCUGAUGACUUAGUGACAGGUCAUAGUGCCCUAAUGUUCCCUAAAAUAUCAAGACACUUGAAUUAAAAAUACAGGGCCACCCCCUCAUUGCUUAAGCCAUAUUAUAGCUCCAUGUACUGUAAAGUCAGGGAUGUACUGUGAUAUUUAAGACCACUAAUCUCAGUGGAAUUUCAGGACAUAGCGUCAGUUGGUAAAUCUUACCAGACUAGGGGCUCACUCCUCCUUAGAUUGAAGUCCAAAUAAAAGUCACCUUUGGCUCAAAGGCCACCUAUAUAUGACAAUCACAAAUAAAUUGUCACAAAAUAUCAAUGAUCUGCUCUUGCCAUGCUCAUAAUAUAACUUCAUGAAUUCAUAUCUUCAGAAAUGCUUAAUAUAAUUUAAAAGAGCAAGAGGGGUGAGGCCCUGAGUCAUUACUACCUAGUGACAUCAGCAGGCACCUCGUAGCUGGAGGUGCAGAAAGUGGGCACAUGCCAGCCAGCCCUCGUGCCGAGCAGGUGCCAGCUCUCGUUGUUCUUGUAAGAGCAAGAAGGAGCAGCAUGAAAGAAAUAAUGACUUCAUAUACUUGAGGAUUUCCCCCUUAGAUUUUCAGUAAUUUCCUUGUAAGUAACGAUGGAAAAGAAGAAAACUAGAAAGUCAGAAUCAUAAUAAAUAAAAUCCUAACACUGCAUCCAAAUCUUUGGCUGAUAAAUAUCACCACCUCAUACCUCCACUUAUUUGUACUUAAAAUGAAGAUAAUAGUGAAUGUUCUUAAGUACAAAAUAUUCAAUAGAUUUAAAAAAUGGAAUCACUAUUGUCAUCAACAACAAACCGGAUGACUGUUUCAUCCACACCUUGAUGUUAUGUCUGAAGGCAAUCAAUAGUUACCAAAAAGUAAUUAUUAUGUAUCAACUAGGUAAUGAGAUGAACAGGGAGAAAUAUAGCAGGAGCACUCGGUCCCAGGACCCCUCCCCUCUGCAGAGUGCGCCUCAACACACAGCGCCCCCCAAACUAGGAAUCAGUGUUUCAGCCCAGACAUGGUGUCACCCCACCACAGCACCAUGAACGCACUGCACUACCAGUAGGUUACUGCUCUUUUUAAGUUACUGCUUUCAAAUCCUGAAACAUGUCCCUAGUUCUAUACGGUCAUUCCACUUCCCUGGAAGUCGCUGAGAAGCAGAUUAGGACCCGCUAGUGGGUGUUUCGCUGUCUCUGUGGACUCCGCAGUGUUUGGUUUCGGUACCUGAGCUAUCUGGUGGGUUCCUCGUAGGCACAGAGCAGCCCCUUCCCUCGCCCUGCAGCUCAAUGAUGCCCUGGACAACAUCCCUUCCUCCUCUACUGCAGCCAAAGUAAUCAUUGUAACAAUGGGAUUACUGAUACCGCUAAGAAAGGAGUGUCCCAGGGAUAGCAAUAGGAACUGUCUGCCUCUGGUACAGAAUAUAUUAGUAGUAGGUGAGCGCUCUUCACCCUGAAAGCUUAUGCCAGGUUGCAUGAAUAGAAAUUAACAUUAAACUCCUGUGGACAAGUAAUAUGUAGAUUUUUGCUGAAAUAGACUGAAGCUCAUUAAAACGUAUUCAGUGCAAUGGUAGAUAAAUAUAUACAGACUAGAGAAAUAAUAACUGUGAUCUUUUUUUUUACACCAUUACUGGAAGCACCCAAACAUGAACUGGAGUUCCCUCUGAACAAAACCAUCAUCAGAUCUUCAACGUGUGACCUCUAAUCUAGGUGCCAAGCAACACUUACUUACACACCUGAGAAAUGCAUUGUGGAAGCUGUAAUCCUGGACCUGAACCAUGAAACAAACGAAAGGGACAUUGUGACCAAUCAAGCUGAUGGAGGAAAAGCACAAGAUUCAACAUCAACCUGAAGUUAGGAUCCCAAAGAAAUGCUGAAUUUAUAGCAAAAAAAAAAAAAAAUCAAUGACAAAUCAAAUAACAAACCCAAUGAGAAUACCUGACAUCCAGAUCCACGGACGAAGGACAGGGAAUAAAUGACAGUCUCUAGCUGUGUCACACUAUUCCAGUGUUUGAAUCCCAAUCAGCACCCGUUCGCCUUCACCGACUCGGCUUUCCAUGGCGCAGCAGCUUGGUCCUGGUCCCCGCCUCCCGCUCUGCGCCGGCGGCCGGACGCGAACCACGGAAGGGAAGCUGGGGUGCCGAGGGAGGAAACGUUUUUUCAUGGAGAACUCAGAAACUGAAGUGUUUAUAUUCAGAACCAGAUGAGCUUCAACAUGAAUUUGCAUCUUGCCUCUGUACCGCUUGCUAUUUUUUAAUGAUAGGAGAAAGCAUAUCAGUUUAUUUUAAAUAUAAAAUAUAUUGCUAUAUUACAAAAUAUAUUGUAACUUUCAGUUAACGUUUUGUAUCAACUGGUCUUUGGCAGGCCGAGUGUCCGCCUGCUGCCCAGCCGCUGUUUCUGAGUACACAUCACCGCUAGCGGUGCCGACCCCAGAACAGGGUCCUCAGACCUGACUAUUAGAGACAAAAGAGCAUUAUUCCAAGCCCAGAAGAAUCAUUCUACCCUAAAUUCUACCAAGCCAUUCCAGAAGAGGGUUUUAAAAGCCAUCACUCCUUUCGUAGCCGUACGAAGCCAGUUUAAUCAAAGUGCAGGCUCUUUCUAUGUAAAGCCAAGGCCCUCAUUACAUGAAUUAUAUGUCUCCAACUCAGCCGACCAGUUUUUCCUUUGUCGGUGUCAGAUUUGGGCAUAAGGAAGAGUAUCAUUCUCCGGUGACACAAAAGACUCACAGUUCUAGGCAUUGCGAUUUUCUCUGAGUCAGAGUAGACAUGGGCACUCGGCUGCACCGGGCCCAGCGGGAGCCCGUGUGUGCAUGUGCUUUUCUGAAUGGCAGUGGCAGCGCCUCGAGGGGAGCAGGGGGCGAGGUGCCCACUGUGUACCCGCAGCGGGGAGCACGGCUCCUAAGGGAAUGACGGAGGGGGCGGGACAGCACAGCAAGACCCCACAAGGGCUUCCUUUUCUAUUAGUUUACUCUAGUUGGGAGGAAAGAAAGAGCUCAAUCUAGAUGUUUUCCUUUAUUGGCAAAAUUGGAGGAAAUUCUCUGCUUAAGCAACUAUGAAAUUCAUUGCCCUCCUCCGAUCAGCCGAGACACAGAGAAUUUCUCCCUUCCUUUGAGUGACAGAGGGGCUAGAUGAGAACCAGCUACGUAGGUUAUGGAACAAAGAUUUCCUGGAAGCUACGGGCCUCCUCCCGAGGAGGGCGCUCGCUCAAUAGCAUCACUUCGGGGUGACAUUAUCCGAGUGCAAACCAUGUAGCAUCAGAGUCGAGUCAACUGAGUGUGCUCAUCUCUUCCUUUCACAAACCCUGGAAACACACACAGACAGACUGGCAGUGCAGAUCAGCGGGGCUUCUCCUGGGAGAAAGGCUGGAGUCCUCUUAAACUUCCAUUUAUUUGAGCCGAAAUGUACACAAGGCUUGGUCCUCAAUGGUGUUAGUUAUUCAUGUUCCCCGAAGGACAAAUAUCUGAGUGCCCAGCCUCAACCUGCACAUGCAGCUGAGACCGGCCUUGCACGCACGUUGCCCGCACUUGCUCCGAUUGAACUGCCUUCCCUCGGGUCUGCACUGCCCCUCUGUUGCACGUAGGCUGAGCUCUACCAAAGCCAUGAGAACUCCAGGGCACCUGCUUUCGGCAGGGUUCUCGCCACUGGGUAAUGGAAAUCAGUUUAUUCUCAGUUUUAUAAUUGACUGAUGAAUGUACUGGUGGUAAUUUAUUUGUCUCUUUAUAUUUUUCUGUCACUAAAUAGAACUGAACUGUCUUUUUUGCUAAGAGUCGGACUAAGACUCUUACAUCUCUAGAAAGGGAGUGUAUUCUAAUGUUCCCCUCAAGGUUACUAUUCAGUCUAGGUCAAGGAAACCAAUGGACAUUCCUGACUUGAGGAAAGCAGACGUCUUGACAAUGAUUCAGGUGUGUGGUUGCUCACUGACCAUCGCUACUCAAGGUGUGGGCCGCAGGCCAGCAGCAUCAGUACCACCUGGCUCUGCUGGUUAGCAAUGCAGGGCCUCAGGCUGCACACCAGACCCACAGCAUCAAGUGCGGUGCCUUCGCACGGUCUUCAGUGGUCUGUGGACACAGUAAAUACUGAGAAGCACUGGCCUUCCCACCCAGCACUCAUGAUCGACCUCCUCAGUAAUCAGAAAAUUGAACCAUUUCUUCCUUUUGCAGAAUUAUUUGAUGAAGUACAUUGUCCCGUGUGACCAUAAGGUUAAAAACAAAUCCACCUUAAAAUUCUACUUGAGGUCAUAUAGCUUGGGUGGUGCGCGAAAGAGAGUGUCUUUCUCCAGUCUAAUUUUAUAAAGCUCGCUUCAUAGCUUUGAGCCACCUCAGAGCCCCUGGUCAGGGUUUUCACUGUGGCCAGUGCUGGCAGGUGACCCCUCAGGGCAGGUGCCGGGAAGGUCUGCUCAGCCCAGUGCAGACACAGGGCCCCUUCCCUGGGAAACCCCCUCCCGGCAGCGGGAACUCUCCUCCCAGGAGGAAACUAGGAAGGAGUUAGUCUAACCAUCCAGAAACAUUCCUGAUCUCUUCUUAAACCAACUCCCUUAUACAUUACAGCAACCAGGGACACUCUGAGGUGAGCAAGGAAAGAUAGGAACUGUGAUAUUGGCGCCAAAAUUGAUAUGUACCCAGAAACAGUUAUGUUCUAAAUUAAUGGCUUUAACCUGUUCAUUGUAAAAAGUGCCUUGGACUUCAAUCUAAAGAGGUCAGUAUAAAUAUAUGUGUGUGUGUGAUGUAUGUAGGCAGAUAUUUACAUAUGUAUACAUACAUAGGUGCACACACAUAUACCUGCACAUUCAUAUAUAAUAUAUACAUACAGAUAUAAACGCUUCAUAAUAUAUUAUAUUGCUGUUUGCAGCUCCAUUUCUUUUGUCUGUUAUGUUUAUUUGUUCAGUGAGAUCUUUACAUAGAGAGGUUCUA